CUGUUUUUACAUCAGUUUUGUUCUUGAGCACCAACCUCUCUACGCAUGCUCACACGCUGAUGUUUGUGUUUAGGGAUGUUUGGUUGGCAAACAACUUACUCAUGACAGGACCGAAGGCAUAUCUCCCCUAUGAAAGGAGCGUACAAGUGGGCGCACAACGAGGGAUUGAGGAGUGUAAACACCAGUUUGCGUGGGACAGAUGGAACUGUCCUGACAGCGCAACUCAGCUCAGAGGCCUCAGACGCGCCACUAGAGAGACAUCUUUCGUCCACGCCAUCAGUGCAGCCGGGGUCGUGUACACUCUGACCAGAAACUGUAGUCUGGGAGAUUUGGACAACUGUGGAUGUGAUGUUUCCAAGAACGGAAAGAUUGGCGGUCGUGGCUGGUGGGGUGGCUGCAGUGAUAACGUGGAUUUCGGAGAGAGGAUUUCCAAACAGUACGUGGAUGCGCAGGAGACUGGUCAGGACUCCAGGGCUGCUGUCAACCUGCACAACAACGCAGCCGGGCGGAUGGCCGUGAAGGCGACAAUGAAGCGCAUCUGCAGGUGCCAUGGUAUGUCUGAGAGCUGCAGUGUCCAAACCUGCUGGACGCAGCUGUCUGAUUUCAGAGAAAUCGGAAACUACUUGAAGAUCAAACACAGUCAAGCGCAAAAGCUGGACAUUGACAAAAAGCGCAUGCGUGCAGGAAACAGCGCGGACAACCGUGGUGCCAUCGUGGAUGCGUUCAGCAGCGUGGCCCCCACGGAGCUCAUCUACCUGGAGGACUCCCCAGACUACUGCAGGAGGAACACCAGUAUGGGGCUCUACGGCACAGAGGGUCGGGAGUGUGUGCAACACGCAGAGGGGCUAAGCCAGUGGGAGAGACGCAGCUGCCGCAGGCUGUGUCAUGAAUGCGGCCUGAGGGUGGAGGAGAGACGCACGGAGGUGGUGAGCAGCUGCAACUGCAAAUUCCACUGGUGCUGCACGGUGAACUGUGAGGACUGCUCCCAGGUCAUGGUGAAAUAUGUGUGCGCCAGGAGGGACGGAGAUGGACACGGCUUUCGCCGCAGACACAGAGGACCCAAAUGAAAUACAGACUCUAUUUUGAAGUUGAUAUGUUUUGAGUUUAAAAUCACAAUUUGUCUGUUAAAUAAUGGCCCAUGUGGAGAUGUUGAAUGUAUGUUUGCACUUUUUAUUCCCUUCCCUGUCUCUGUAUAUAACCACUGAGUGUCUAUUUAUGAA